CACAUGACGUUUUUGUUCGGCGUAGAGUAGAGAUCAGCUCAUGCAAUACAUAUACAUAUACACACCUUGGGAUUGCAGUUUUAGCCCGAUAAUAGAUUACUACUUACCGUUCGUCUGUUUUCCCUUUCACGCUUAGCGAGCAGUGUUUUCCUCGUUACUCCGUCAGAGCCCUCUUCGUUCGUUACUUUAUGUGAACUAUCGCCAUUGUUCCCCUCACAGUGUUUAAUGUGUUCACGUGUUUUAUUCGUUUCCCCGAGGAUCUGUCGUAGCCAUUAUCAGUGGUACAGUGUUUAGUGAUUUGUUUUGUUAACAUUUUCUAGAAUGUAGCCAGCCUCCAAUGUGACGUUUUCUAAAAAUACCUAAUAUGACAAUUGCAUCGGGUGGAGGAACCAUUCAAGCAAACUUGUUCCUUUCAAAGUAAAGGAACAUGUGCUAUCUGCACGGUGGCUUUUGAUGUGAUAUUCAUAUGAGAGAAAUAUUGGGCGUACGAUGGCAAAAGACGAAGGAGACGACCUCUUGCCGGACAAGGACGCGGCGAAAGGAUUUUACGCGAAAUACGAGCCCAAAGAAAUCCUUGGAAGACUCUGGUGCAUUGCAAUUACAAUGAACGUAUCAAGAGAUUCACCGCAUCAAACGAAUAAGCUAACCUGUACAAUUAUAUAAUUCGAUCGAGUUAAUAUCCAUAAGAUUCAACAAUAACAAAUUCAUUUCGAACCGAAUAAAACAAAGAAAACAAUGCGAAAUAAUAACAUGAGUCAUAAAGGCAGGAUAAAACUAGACAGACGAUGUAUGAAAAUUUUCUUCGUAUUGGAGAACUUUUUAUGGUCUGAAUAUUAUCAGAAGUGAUAUUAUUUAGUAAUAAAUACAAAAUAUGAGGAAUAUCUUCCACUGUUAGAAGAUGUAUAGAAAAAGAAACAGGUGUAGAAUAUGCAGCUAAAAUAAUAGAUAUUAGUAAUGAAACUAACGAGGAUGGAAAUACUAUGAAAGAUGCUACACUGCAAGAAGUGCAUAUUCUUCGUAGAGUAGCUGGACAUCCUUAUAUAAUUGAAUUGCAUGAUGUGUUUGAAUCAAACACAUUCAUUUUUUUAAUUUUUGAAAUUUGUAAAAAUGGUGAAUUGUUCGACUACCUCACAUCUGUGGUUACACUCUCUGAGAAAAAGACACGCUAUAUCAUGAGACAGGUAUUCGAAGGUGUACAACACAUACAUAAUCAAGGAAUAGUACACAGAGAUUUGAAACCAGAGAAUAUAUUACUAGAUGAUAACCUAAAUGUAAAAAUAACGGAUUUUGGUUUUGCCAGAGUAUUGAAAGGAACAGAUAAGUUAUUUGAUCUUUGUGGUACACCUGGAUAUUUGGCACCAGAAGUGUUAAAGUGUAAUAUGUUUGAAAAUGCAGAGGGUUAUGGACACGAAGUAGAUGUAUGGGCUUGUGGAGUAAUUAUGUUUACUUUAUUAGUUGGUUGCCCACCUUUUUGGCAUAGAAAACAAAUGGUUAUGCUUAGAAAUAUUAUGGAAGGAAAAUACUCAUUUACAUCUCCAGAAUGGGCAGAUAUAACAGAAGCUCCUAAAGAUCUGAUAAGGAAAUUACUAGUGGUCGAACCUAAAAAGAGGAUUUCUAUCAAGGAAGCGUUGGACCAUUCCUUUUUCCAUACUGUACUAUGGGAUCAAGACAUCGCGCCUCUAAAACGUUCGCUAUCAUCUAAUUCUCGCCGUCUGAGUAGGAUAUCUCAGUUAGCUUUGGAAUUAAAGGCAAAAUCGUUUAAUGCAAGGAAACGAUUCCAGUUAGCUAUUAUUUGCGUUCGUGCAGUUGUUCGUAUCAAACGGCUUCAUACAACACCCGAACCUCUUUCAACGCAGGUGGCAUGCACUGAUCCUUAUAGGAUCAAAGUUUUACGAAAGGUCAUCGAUGGUUGUGCAUUCAGAGUUUAUGGUCAUUGGGUGAAGAAAGGAGAAGGACAAAACCGAGCUGCUCUAUUUGAAAACACACCAAAGACAGAAUUAAAGCACCUUUAUGUUACUAAUUUGAGCAGAUAACCAAUGCUUUUACAAAGCAUUGCCUAGUUAAAAUUGUUAAUUUUGUUGUUAGUCGACAUUUACAGUAUCUAAGCGAAAUAUUCAGUAAGACAAAAAGUGAAAAAAUAAAUAAGUUAUUUAACAGAGUGGUAUAUUCGUACUGCUUUUUUUGGUUCUAUUUAUGAAACAAGUAAUUCUUUAAACGUGUUAUGGUAACUAUACAAUGUUCAUAAACAUUGUACAUUGAACGUGCAAUAUCGUGAGGUAAACAUAGAAAAAUAUUUAUUAUCUUUAGAUAUUGCAAGACGUACAACAUUAAUUGGAUUGUUCUAUCUCCAAAUUUUUAUGCGGGAGAAUAGAUGCAUACUUCAGGCUUUUCUUAGGAGCUUUUUAUAUGGCCGAUAUAUUCGUUGAAAAUACAGUGCUGCUCAAUAAAUUUAGUUCAUGAAGCUUUUGAAAAAAGUGUUACAAAAUGUCGAAUGUUUUGGCAGCGGAUAACGCUGCAAGCAAUUAGUGUCACACUUUUAGAGUGUUUUGUGCGUAGAUCAAGUAUUAUAUUGAAAAUUGUUUGUGAAAUUAUUUUUUGAAUGUUUUAUUGUAAAUUAAUAAUAAUUUUUGCUUUACAGUAUUUUUCGAUUUUUUCAUAGCACAAUGUAAAUGUGAAAGAAUUUAUUGUGAACGUUACAAAUAAGUUUGAAAAUCGACUUCCAAAAGUGCUGAAAAAGGAAACAAGACUUUUAAAGUAAUUAUAUUUUGAAGAUCAAUGAAGGUGCUUAUAGGUACAAAUGUAAAAAAAUCGCUAUUUCGUUCCAUGACCACACUUCUUAUGUUUGUACAUAUACAGCUAUAAAAUAUGUUCAGUAAUUAUGUAUAUCGAACACACAUAAUUUAUUACAAAUCAGCAACACAUGCAAAAUAAUAAUUGUAAUGAUACUUUUACUGUGGGGUAUAUCUGAUAACGUACAAGGCUAGGAUUAACUGUAAAUAAAAGAAUUAAACUGCAAUGCUUUUAGUAUCAGUUUCUGAAAGAUUAUGUCGACGAAACAAUUUCACUUGUACAACGAUUAUCUAAAUUAUAUGCCUGCAGUAAAAGGUGCAGAAACAUGGAUCAAAUUUUCUAAGUAAAUUGCGCGUAAUCCGACUUGAUUGAAAUUUGUACUGACAAAAUUGUAUUUCAUAGUAAUAUUAUUUACUAAGAUCUGCAUGUAGAUUAUAGUAUACAAUGUUUUGUGCAAAUUCUAGUCAUGUUUUGUACUGCUGGAUUUGUUUUAGAUUAUAAAUUGUAUAAUA